AUGUCCAGCUUAAAGAUGUCGCGCGAAUGCACCGGCAACGGUGAUAGUCACAAACCAGCAAAUGUUUUGUCGUUCCUGUCCCAUGUGAAGUCGGGUCAUCUCAUCGCUGGAAUAUCCGGUGGUGUAGCCUCAACCUUAGCCGUACAUCCGUUUGACCUGUUGAAAAUAAGGCUCGCAGUGAAUGACGGUGCGGUGUCAAGCAGGCCUCACUACCGCGGGUUUCUCAACGCGGUUGUUACGAUAUUCAGGCAAGAAGGCAUCAUUGGAUUCUACAGAGGCGUGACGCCUAACUGCAUCGGCGCCGGUGCCUCCUGGGGCUUUUACUUCUUCUUCUACAACGCCAUCAAAUCUCAGAUGUCAUUAAGUGUUCGCACCGAACAUCUCGGACCGGGGCAGCACAUGCAGGCGGCCGCCGAGGCUGGAAUUAUGACGCUGCUCAUGACGAAUCCGAUAUGGGUCGUGAAGACGAGAAUGUGCCUUCAGUACACAACGUCGCAACUGCCGGAGGAACUUCAAUAUAAGAGCACGUUUGACGCCCUGAGGAAAAUCUACCGCAUCGACGGAGUUGCGGGCCUUUACCGAGGUUUCAUCCCAGGCGUCUUUGGCGUGUCGCACGGUGCGCUGCAGUUUAUGGCUUACGAGGAAAUGAAGAAAUUCUACCACAGCCACCAUCGAGGCGACGCCCGCAAACAGCUAGGCACGCUAGAGUACUUAGUGUUUGCUGCCCUCUCGAAACUUUUUGCGACCACUGCGACGUACCCUUAUCAGGUAGUGAGGGCAAGAUUACAGGAUCAGCAUAAGAAGUACGCCGGCAUCGUCCAGUGCAUAUCAAGGACUUGGCGAUUUGAAGGCUACAAAGGCUUUUACAAGGGCUUAGUUCCGAACACACUCCGCGUGACGCCGGCCACUGCGAUAACAUUUGUGGUAUAUGAGAACAUUGCCAAAUGGCUUGUGAACAAAGAUACUUAGAUUAUGGCGCAAUGCAACUUUAUUUCUGAGCAGUGCGCAAAGCAGAUAAAAUAUGUGACAAAAUGUUUUUGUUCUAGAAAAUAAUAGAUAUCCUUUUCAUAUACAUUGUUACUAAGAUGCCGUCAGUCAUUCUCUGUGCUAAUAGGCAAUUCAUUAAGCCAAAGAAAAACAGCACAGUGUUUGUACAUAUUUGUUGUUUCUGUUAUUGUGGCAAAGACUUGUUGUGCAAUGCCAAAGCAUGGGGAUGCAUUGUGAUCAGGGCCCAGUUUAUUUGCAUGUAUGACUUAAUAUUUUGUUCUUUGUUUUAAAUAAAUAUUUGAAAUGAAAAAGUGUCCUAACAUUUUUGUUUUA